AUGGCUGCCUUGCCAUUGUUCGCCCUCGGGCAGCGGGCACGUUCUUCCGAAAAGUGGGGGCAGGCGCUGAAGACAAUCCGCAAAUUGAUCAACGACUGUAUAUUCUUGCAUCCGCCAGAAGACGAAAGGUGCCGCGUCGUCCUGCUGUUCGCCGAAGUCGACGGGCAGGCCCACGCAGAUCACCGAGAGCGGCUGUUGUUGCAAAAAAUGCUCCAACAACUGGGCCAGGGGUUGAAGGACAGGCCGGAGGAAAGCAAAAAUUGCCACAUUUUUCGCAUCGACGGCGGACGGUGCAGAAUGACGAAGCAGUGCGGCAUCUACCUGUUCCUCGUACAAAAUGGAGGCUUCAACGCGAAGCAUACGCUGGCCGCCCAUCGACAGCUGAUCGCAAACCUAUACGCUGGAGGAGACGGGGAGCCGAUGUGCAUCCCGAAGGGCGUGCCAAGGAUCAAAUGGGACGGCCAGCAUUUUUCU